UGGUCGGGCAGUACCGAUCCACAACACGGCGGGGGUUUCUGCGCAGGCGCGAGGUCUGGGUGAAGGGUUGUUUUCCGAGUGUGAGGAGGAGAGUUGAGACCGAGCUGCGAUUACAUGGACUGGAGUGUGUCGUCCGUGCUGUGCUACGCUGCAGCGCUGUGCUUGCUGGUUCAACUGGUUCGGUUCCUGUUCGCGGAUGCAGAUCUCACCUUACUGUGGGCAGCUGCCUUUGGGAGCAAGCCAAAGGACAAGCUGUGUGGCAAAGUAGUGUGGAUCACAGGAGCGUCCAGUGGCAUUGGGGAAGAGCUGGCCUACCAGCUGGCGAGCCUGGGGGCUUUCCUGAUCCUGUCUGCCCGGCGAGAGGGCGAGCUGGAAAGGGUGAAGCGCAGCUGUUUGGAGCGGAGCAGGCUGCAAGAAAAGGACAUUCUUGUUCUUCCGCUCGACUUGAUGGAGCGAGGCUCUCAUGAAGCAAUAGCAAAAACCGCCAUCCGCCACUUUGACCAUAUCGACAUCCUGGUCAAUAAUGGUGGACGCAGCCAGCGGUCACUGUGCCUGGACACCGGGAUGGAAGUGUACGAGGCACUGAUGGAUCUGAACUUCCUGGGCACGAUAUCGCUCACGAAGUGUGUGCUGCCCCACAUGGUGCAGCGCGGGGUGGGCAUGGUGGUGACCGUCAGCAGCGUGAUGGGCUUCGCCGGCGCGCCCCUGGCAACCGGCUACUCUGCCAGUAAACAUGCCCUGCAGGGUUUUUUCAACUGCCUCCGCACGGAGCUGACGGAUCAUCCCGGGAUUACCAUCAGCACCGUGUGUCCAGGGCCCGUUGUGUCACAGAUCGUCGGCAACGCCUUCACAGAGGACCUGGGCAAGCCCAAUUCAAACGUGGGUGACCAGGAGUACAAGAUGUCCACGUCUCGCUGUGUCGCCCUCAUGCUGGUGGGCAUGGCCAAUCACCUGAAGGAGAUGUGGAUCUCCCAGCAGCCUUUUCUGCUCUUCUGCUACCUGUGGCAGUACGCGCCCACCUGGGCCUGGGCACUGACAGACUGGCUUGGCAGGAAGAGGGUGCAGAACUUCAGAGCUGGGCUGGAUGCGGAUUCAUCUUAUUUUACAAAGCCCAAGACGAAGACUUCCUGAAGCAUUUUAUUCAUUUUGCUUGAUUUUUGUCAUUAAAAUAUCUUUCGCUGUCA